CAAAAGGCGAGGGUUCUCUCUUCCCUCCAUCAGCUUCACACGGAGACUGACAGUAGCCGUCACUUCGCUCUCCCAGAGCCAACUCACCGACUCCCAUGGUUAACGCCGUCAAGGUCUUCAAAAAGACUGCACCUAAUGGUAAGGUCACCGCGUACCUAAGUCGGCGAGACUUCGUCGACCACGUCAGCCACACCUCCCCCGUGGAUGGUGUGGUGGUGGUCGACAAUGACUACCUCCGUGGCAGGAGGGUGUUCGCCCGUGUGGCGGUCAUCUACCGCUACGGACGGGAGGAGGAUGAGGUGAUGGGACUUCACUUCAGCAAGGAGCUCGAGCUUGUCAACACCCAGGUUGCUCCUAACGAUGUUCAGGAACAACUCAGUGAUGUCCAGGAACGACUCAUCAAGAAGCUGGGUGCCAACGCCUAUGCCUUCAGCGUUUCCCUACCUCAGAGCGCUCCCUGCUCCGUCACCAUCGAUAGCGGGGACGACAUGUCGACCCAGCCGCUUGGUGUGAUCUACGAUCUUCGCCUAUACGUGUCUGACCGCAAGGAUGAACGCCCUCAUCGUCGGAACUCUGUCUGCUUCGCUGUCCGUAAGGUUCAGUUUGCUCCCACUGAGCCCAGUGCUCGCCAGCCCCAAACCCUGGUGAGCAAGAGUUUCACUCUCUCUCCCGGCAAACUGAACCUUGAGGUUAGCCUUGAGCGUGACCUCUACUUCCACGGACAGCAAGUGCAGGUUAAUCUUAACAUCAACAACGCUUCCAAGAAGACGGUCAAGAGCAUGAAAGCCCAGGUGGUCCAGCACGUAGAGGUCACCAUGACCAACAGCCACUUCAGCCGUGUAGUGUCUUCUCUGGAGUCUCGCGAAGGAUGUCCCAUCACCCCUGGCGCUAACCUCACCAAGACUUUCUCACUCACCCCCACUGCUUCUACAAACCAGAAGCGUUUUGGCAUCGCCCUCGACGGCCAGGUCAAGGAUCAGGACGCCAAUUUGGCAUCCUCUACCGUGGCAGCAGCUGGCAAAAACGCCAAUGACGCCUUGGGCAUUAUUGUGUCCUACUCUCUCCGUGUGAAGCUGAACUGUGGCGCUAUUGGUGGUGAGCUGACUGCCGAUCUUCCUUUCAAGUUGAUGCAUCCCGACCCCAACGCCCAGAAAUCUUCCCUCCGUAAGAUGCAGUCCACCGACAACGUGGACAUCGAAGAGUUCUCCCGACUCCGACGUGGCGAAUCCGUUGCCGACGAGUAAAUAUUAAACAGGUUUUUUGCUCCUUUUUCCCUUCUUACGUUCUCUCAUUUAACUCUUUUCAAGUUUCUUUAUUCCAUGAACACUGAUUGGCUUUUAUUGUUUUUUGUUUACAUUUUGAGUUAAUUGAGGUUUUGUUUGUAUUUGAUUUUAUUUAUUCUAAUAAAGAAAAACCCUAA